AUGGCUUCGGAGGUUGUAUGUGGACUGAUCUUCAGAGUGUUACUGCCGGUGUGUCUGGCGGCAGCAUGUCUGUUCAGGUACAAUGGGCUCUCCUUUAUCUACCUCCUCUACCUCCUCCUCAUCCCUCUUUUCCCAGAACCCUCCAAUAUCACCAUGCAAGGUCACACAGGGCACCUGCUGAAGUCUUUAUGUUUCUGCAGUGUGAGCUUCCUCCUGAUUCACAUCAUCUAUCAGAUCACCAUCCACAGUCUACUGGCUGGAGGGUCUAUUGAGAAUCCUGGAUUCAACUGUUCAAUGUGGGAGAAAUCAAUACGACAGAUUGGUUUCGAGAGUGUUAUUGGUGCAGAUGCUGGCAACGGUAUCCGAGUUUUCUUCCCGGACAUCGGCAUGUUCAUGGCGAGUCUGUCGGUUUGGCUGCUGUGCCGAAGUCUGGUGCAAAAACGGCCAACUGAGGAGAUGGCACAGGACAACCAUGAGUUUGAGCCAGAGGAACAGGAGGAGAGUGACGAGAAAGUGGAAAUUGACGACAAUGAUGAUGAAAUGCUCUUUGAUGAAGACUUUGAUGCAGAAGAUGAAGCAGAGGACGAUGAGAGGGAGGAGGAAGGCCUGGAGGAGGAAGAGGAAGAAGUGGAGGAGAGCACAAAGAUGAAGAUCCUGCGCAGAGUUGCAGGAGUGGCAAAUAAACUAAAGGAGAUCAUCGGCAACCUCAUCACAACCGCUGGACAGGUGGUGGUCACCAUUCUGCUCGGUUUGACAGGUAUGAUGCUCCCUUCUCUGACGUCAGCCGUCUACUUCUUUGUGUUUUUGGGUCUGUGCACGUGGUGGUCAUUCUGCAAGACCUUUGACAUGCUCCUCUUCAGCUGUCUGUGUGUUCUCAUGGCUAUCUUCAGUGCUGGACAUCUAAUCAUACUUUAUACUAACCAGUUCCAGUUCCUCCAGGACGCCAUCAAAGCCAACGACAGCUACACCAGUUUGUUUGGUAUAUCAUCUAUUGUUCGGACGGACUGUUCUUCUACCUGGAAGUUCACUGUUAAUCCUGGUCUGCAUUGGCAUCAUUUUGUCAACCCCAUCAUGCUUUUGCUCCUUUAUUACACACUGGCAACCUUGAUCCGUCUGUGGCUGCAAGACCCCACGAUUAUGGAGAGUGAGGAAGAGGAGGAGGUGAAUGAAGGAAAUGAGACAGUAGCAGACAUUGUUGGUCUAACGUCAGACAUCAGGAAGCGUCUGCUCUGGUGGAAAGCCCAUCAAAAAACAGAGGAACGAAAUCUCAUCUCCACUCAGGACGGCUACAGUACCACUGAGGUCGUGGUGGUGAACUCCAACGGGACAUCAUUGGACUAUGUGUCUGCCGUGCCCAAUGAAAACGGACCUGUCAGUCUGGACAUUUACUCGACUCCACAGUACAAAGUUGAUCAACCAACAGAAGAUGAGGAAAAGACGGAUGUGAGCACACAUGAAGUCAUGGACACACAGCUGGAGGAGGAGGAAGAGGAGAAGACAGAGGAGGAAGAGCAGGACAGACCCCCGAGUGCUCUCGUAAAAGUCUUCAAAUUUGUCAUGAAGCAGAGCUACAUCUGUGCUCUCAUCGCUAUGAUGGCUUGGAGUAUAACGUACGUUAGCUGGCUUACAUUUGUGUUCCUCCUCUGGUCGUGUACUCUGUGGAUGGUGCGAGACAGGAGGAAAUAUGCCAUGCUGACGUCUCCCUUCAUGGUGGCUUAUGGGAACUUCCUGCUGGUUCUUCAGUAUAUCUGGAGUUUUGAGCACUUAGGGCCGGUGCCUGGAUUCUUUCUGAAGAUGAAGGUGCCUUUCUCUGAACUGAGCCCCAAGAUUCUGUGUCAGUUGAGUUUCUGGCUGCUGCUCAGACAAACUCUGAUGGAGCGACGAGAGAAGAUGAAGGAGCCCGUGCUAUGUGAUGUCAAAGUGGAGGAGCAGAAAAGGGAGGAAGAAAAGGAGGAAGAGGAGGGGGACGAGAAUGACCUGAUGCAGGUGAUGGGGAACCUGGUGAUGGCUCUACUGGUCAAAUACUGGAUCUAUAUCUGCGGAGGAAUGUUCUUCUUCGUCAGCUUCGAGGGAACCAUGGCCAUGUACAAGAUCGUCUACAUGAUGAUGUUUCUCUUCUGCGUGGCUCUCUAUCAGGUUCAUUAUGAGUGGUGGCGCUGGAUCUUGAAGUAUUUCUGGAUGUCUGUGGUGGUCUACACUAUGCUAGUGCUCAUCCUCAUCUACACCUGUCAGUUUGAGAACGCCAUUGAUACCUGGACUAGCAUGACGGGCAUGUCGGCCGGAGUACUGAAGGAUAUCGGUCUGGAGAAGUACACCCUGUCUGAUCUGUUCACUCGUAUCUUCAUCCCUACGUCAUUUCUGCUGGUGUGUAUCCUGCAUCUGCAUUACUUCCAUGACCGUUUCCUGCAGCUCACUGAUCUCAAAGCUGUGGUCAGCAAACAGGAGAGCACCAUAUACAGCUAUACAAAAGUCAGCGGUCGUAUCUAUCUGAUUGUGGAUAGCAUCAAGCAAAAAAUAUCUUCUCCUCAGAACAAACUGGCCCAUCCAGACGGGAGUUUGGCGGAUCUAACGAUGGCGAGCACGUCUCCAGAACCCCUGCUGAAGGAUGAGAAGAAUUCUGUGAAUGAGGUGUUGGUGGAGGACUGUGUGCAUGAUGAGAUGAAGAAAGAGUCUUCCUCCAUCCAUUCAGCUCAUCUGUCCAGUCAGGAAGACAUCCAACAGUUCAGUGCAGCCACAGAUCCUGAACUGCCCUCAGAACAGAGCUCAGACCUGAAGAAUAAAUGGCAGCUGGUGGUGGACAGACUCACAGUGUUGUUCCUAAAGUUCCUGGAGUUCUUCCAUAAACUCAAGCUCUUCAUCUGGUGGCUGUUAGAGAUGCACAUCAUCAAGAUCGUCUCCACUUACAUCAUCCUGCUGUCUGUCAAAGAGGUUUCGCUGUUGAACUAUGUAUUUUUGAUCUCAUGGGCGUUUGCCCUGCCCUAUAAGCAGUUUCGAGUUAUCGCCUCUAGUGUCUGCACAGUGUGGACAUGUGUUAUCAUCAUCUGCAAGAUGUUUUACCAGCUGGAAUCCAUCGAUCCCAAAAACUACUCAAGUGUUUGCAUCGAGCCCAAAAACAUGGAGAUGGUGAUGAACAAUUCCCUGUUAUACAAGGAGCCCGUGGACCCUGCAAACUGGGUCGGCCUUGAGAAAUUUGAAGAUAUACUGCCCAACCUGAGGAAUAACUUGUUGAUGUUGGCCAUCUUGGCGUUCGAGGUCACCGUUUACAGACAUCAGGAGUUUUUCCGGCUGAGAAACAAACUUUCCCCUCCCCCCUCUCGGACCAUCUUUCAUGACAUCACCCGGCAACACCUCGACAACGGAAUCGUCAAGUGUGCCAAAUAUUUCAUAAACUAUUUCUUCUACAAGUUUGGCCUAGAGGUGUGUUUUCUGUUGGCGAUAAACGUGAUGGGCCAGCGGAUGGAUUUUUACUCCAUGUUGCAUGGGCUCGCUCUCGCUGCGGUGAUGUUGAGACGAAGACGCAAAGCCAUCGCUGAGAUCUGGCCCAAAUACUGCUGCUUUCUGGCCUCAAUGAUCACAUUCCAGUAUUUCAUUUGCAUCGGAAUUCCACCUGCUGCCUGUAAAGAUUAUCCCUGGAGGCUUCCUGGCUCCAUGUUGGAAUCUAAUGUCAUUAAAUGGCUGUUCCUUCCUGAUUUCCUCACUAGACCAAACUCCAUGUUCCUUGUCUAUGAUUUCAUGUUGUUGCUGUGCGCGUCGCUGCAGAGGCAAGUGUUUGAUGAGGAAAAUAAGGCGGCUGUUCGUCUGAUGGCAGGAGAUAACGUAGAAAUCUGCCGAGACCUCGAUGCUGCAUCGUUUAGCGUUCACAACCCCGUACCAGACUUCAUACACUGCAGGUCGUAUCUUGACAUGUUGAAGGUCAUCAUGUUCAGCUACUUGUUCUGGUUUGUCUUGACCAUCAUCUUCAUCACGGGGACCACCCGUAUCAGCAUCUUCUGCAUGGGUUACCUGGUGGCAUGUUUCUAUUUCCUGCUGUUUGGAGGCAAUCUGUUACUCAAGCCGAUCAAAGAGAUCCUGCGCUACUGGGAUUUCCUCAUCGCUUACAACGUCUUCGUCAUCACGAUGAAAAACGUCUUUGCUAUUCUGGCGUGUGGUUAUUUCAAGUCUUUGAUGAAGAAUAACUGCUGGCUAAUUCAGCUGCUGAGUCUUGCCUGCACCAUUAAAGGCUAUGACGUUAAACCAGAUCAGUGUGACCUUCCGCAGGAUGAGGCGGGAAUUAUUUGGGACAGCAUAUGUUUCACAUUCCUCCUGCUGCAGCGACGUGUCUUCAUGAGCUAUUACUUCCUCCAUGUGGUUGCAGACAUUCGUGCAGGACAGAUACUCGCAUCUCGAGGAGCGGAGCUGUUCCAGGCGAGUAUUGUGAAGGCCGUGAGAGCUCGUCUAGAGGAAGAGAAGAGAUCCAUGGAGCAACUUAAAAGACAGAUGGACCGUAUUAAGACGCGCCAGCAGAAGUUCAAGAGAGGAAAGGAGAAGAUGCUCAGUUUGUCUCAAGAGUCGGGAGAAGGACAGAAACUCAGUCCACCUGACGGCGAGAACGACGAUGAUGAUGAGAAAAAGAAAAAUAAGGCGCCAAAAAAGCAGUGGUGGAGGCCGUGGGUUGACCAUGCGUCCAUGGUUAGAAGUGGUGAUUAUUACCUGUUUGAAACUGACAGUGAAGAGGAAGAAGAAGAAGAGGAGGAGAAAGAAGACGAAGAACCUCCUAAGAAAUCAGCCUUUCAGCAAGCCAUCAGAAAGUUUGCUUCAGCCCUCGUGGCUUUACCCCGAUCAAUCAUUAAACUGCCCAAAACUGUACUUCGGUAUAUUAUCAGAGCGGCGAAGUUUGUGUAUCAUGCCUGGAUUACCAACUCUAAAACUGCCCUGAAAGAGAAAACCAAACGGACGCGCCACUUUUGGAAGAGAUACAGCCGCGCCCACAGACAUAGAAAAGACAAGAAAGAAGGUCAUGUGGAAAUAGAGAUCGGUGAAGAAGAUCGCCAGAGUUCAGAGGAAGACAAAUCGAAUGGAUCAGACAACGUCAUCAAGAGGGUUUUCAACAUCAUUAAGUUCACGUGGGUUCUGUUUCUGACCACCGUUGAGAGUGUGACCCGAUGGCUGAACUCCAUCUGCAGAGAAUACAUUGACAUCUCCACCGUUCUGCGCAUUGAACGCUGCAUGCUCACCAGAGAAGUCAAAAAGGGCAACGUGCCGUCCCGUGAGAGCAUUCAUGUGUACUAUCAGAAGCAAAUGAAACUGACGUCAUCUCGCGAGUCCGGUCUGGAUCGGAUCAGUGAAGAGGACUCUGGCUCACACAGAGAACGUCGUAGACGAUUCGGACAGAGUAUGGACUCCUUCGCUUCCAGAGACAGCAUGUCCAGCGCAUACACGGAAGCCACCAUGCUGUUUUCCCGCCAGUCCACCUUGGAUGAUUUGGACGACAUGCCUCUGAAUAUUCCCAAAACCAGUGAACGCGCUCGGCCCAAAUUGCGCAAAAUGUACGGCUUGGACAUGUCCUACUCUUCGGCGGACAGCGGAAGCAGCGCCAUCUCCAGUGAAGCCACACAAUGUGUCACGCUGUUCUCACGGCAAGGGACCGAUGACACGAUAGAUGAUGUUGAGGACAGUCAAGACCAAAUGAGGGAGGACAAACUGGAAGUGGAGGAAGGGACAGAUUUAAAACACCAAACAAGUGAGGAUAAACCUGAAGAGGAAGUUAGAAAGGAAGUGACUCAGGAAGUUGCUGAGAAAACAACUGAGGAAGUGGUUCAGAAAGUAACUGAGGAUGUGCCUAAGGAAGUAACUGUUGAAGUGACAGAGGAAGUGCCUCAGGAAGUAACUGUUGAAGUGACAGAGGAAGUGCCUCAGGAAGUAACUGAGGAAGUGACAGAGGAAGUGCCUCAGGAAGUAACUGAGGAAGUGACAGAAGAAGUGCCUCAGGAAGUAACUGAGGAAGUGACAGAGGAAGUGCCUCAGGAAGUAACCGAGGAAGUGACAGAGGAAGUGCCUCAGGAAAUAACCGAGGAAGAGAUAGAGGAAGUGCCUCAGGAAGUAACUGAGGAAAUGACAGAUGAAAAGGGUGAACCUCCUCUCCAACGGGACGAUGGCGAGUCGUCUGGAUUGGAGAAUGUGCAAAGAGAUCCAUCGAGUAGGCAACUUUUUACCCCGGAUACAGACUUCCCCAACACAUCAGACGCAGAUGUGCCACCCAGCUACAGCAAGGCCGUGAGCUUUGACAGGCUGUCUGUGAGCUCAGACGAAAGCGACAGUGACAAACGGCUGAUGUUGAUGACCCCUGACAGCAGAUCUGAUCUGGACGACCCUCUGCUACCCUCUAUGACCACCGAGCUUACCGCCAGCGAACUGCUACUUAACAAAAUGUUCUAUGAUGAGGAACUGGAGAAUUCCGAGCGUUUUUAUAAGUCCCAGCCGUUGGGUCUGCAGCUCUGCUAUGCUCUCUAUAACCUGCUGGUGGCACACUCUGAAAUGGUCUGUUACCUGGUGAUCAUUCUGAAUCAUAUGAUCUCAGCAUCCAUGGCAACUCUUGUUUUGCCCAUCCUUAUCUUUCUGUGGGCAAUGCUUUCAGUCCCAAGACCCAGCAAACGGUUCUGGAUGACCGCCAUCGUCUACACAGAGGUCACUAUCGUCAUCAAGUACUUUUUCCAGUUCAGUUUUUUUCCAUUUAACCAGAAUUUGGAGGUGAGCAAGAAGAAACCAUAUCACCCACCCAACAUCAUCGGUGUGGAGAAGAAAGAAGGUUACGUGCACUAUGACUUGGUCCAGCUGCUGGCACUAUUCUUUCAUCGAUCCAUACUAAAGUGUCACGGGCUUUGGGACGAGGACGACCCUAAACUGUCGCGGAAGGAGGCUUGUCUUCAUCGGGAUGAGUCUGAGGACGAGGGGAUGAUGAUGGUAGCAAUUCCAUCUGAGGAAGAUAAGAAGAGUUCCCCAGCGUACUCGCUCAAAUCAAUGAGUCUUGGAAAGUCUGUGGAUUCGUCGCAGGUGCAUGUACACAUUCGCUACCACGAGCAGCGACCUCACAUGCGACGACAGAGCACCAGCGGUGGGUCGUACCUCUCCCGACGUUCAUCUGUGCACUCCAAACAAGGCAGUACAAGCACGCGGAAUAGCAUUCGGAGAGAAGACAGCGAGCCGGAAGUACCGCAGAAGAGUCGUAAAGAAAUUAUCGUUGAGAAGAUUCGAGAACAAAUGAUCAAAGUGAAAGUUUACAUCAUCAAAAAGUUGGUUGAGAUCUAUAAGCCCAUUCAUCAGUUCUUCUUUAAUCUGAUCCACCCCGAGUACAGCGCGGUAACAGAUGUCUACGUCUUCAUGUUUUUGGCCGACACAGUUGAUUUCAUCAUCAUUGUCUUCGGCUUCUCGGCGUUUGGGAAACAUCAGGGAGGUGCUGACAUCACUUCAUCUCUGUCAGAAGAUCAAGUUCCCGGGCCGUUCCUUGUCAUGGUUCUGAUCCAGUUUGGCACUAUGGUGGUGGAUCGAGCCCUGUAUCUCCGCAAGACAGUGAUGGGGAAAGUGGUUUUCCAGGUCAUCCUGGUGUUCGGAAUCCAUUUCUGGAUGUUUUUCAUCCUGCCGGGAAUCACAGAGAGGCGUUUCAGUAAGAACACUAUAGCUCAGUUGUGGUACUUUGUGAAAUGUAUUUACUUCAGCCUGUCAGCGUAUCAGAUUCGAUGUGGCUAUCCGACUCGCAUCCUGGGCAACUUCCUCACCAAGAGCUACAACUAUGCCAAUCUCUUCCUCUUUCAGGGCUUUCGUCUGAUCCCGUUCCUGACGGAAAUGAGAGCUGUUAUGGACUGGGUUUGGACGGACACGUCUCUCAGUCUGUCCAGCUGGAUCUGUGUAGAGGACAUCUACGCACACAUCUUCGUCCUCAAAUGCUGGAGAGAAUCUGAGAAGCGUUUCCCUCAGCCUCGUGGGCAGAAAAAGAAGAAGGUUGUGAAGUAUGGAAUGGGUGGAAUGAUUGUGAUGCUGCUCAUCUGUAUCAUCUGGUUCCCUCUGCUCUUCAUGUCGCUCGUCAAAUCUGUAGCAGGAGUCGUUAACAUGCCACUGGACGUGUCUGUCUCGCUUACUCUUGGCGGACUGCAGCCGAUCUUCACAAUGAGUGCUCAGCAGACCCAUUUAAAGAACAUCAGUAGCGAUAAAUUUGAGAAAUUCAAAAAUGUCUACAGCUCUAAUGCAGGUGCCAUGCUGUUCCUGGAAACGUAUAUUCAUGAGGACUUGACUUUAGUAGAUCUGGAAGGAAGUUCUAACUCGCUGUGGACCAUCAGCCCUCCCAGCAGAGCGAACCUCAUUGAGAUGCUCACAGGGACUAAGGAACACUUUCCACUUACCAUUACCUGGUCAAUACAGAGGAAUAUCACCUUAGGUGCCAAAGCUGAAACUGCCACAGGCAAACACAUCACCGACCUCGACAACGACACUAGACAAGCACUUGGAAAACUACUAAAUGACACUGUGAACAAGGAAGAUAAACCACAAAAAGUGGUCAUCAAAAAUAUUUUUCCAAGAUACAUCAGAGCACCAAGCGAUUCCAACUCCAAGCCUAUUGACCAGCUUUAUCCCAAUGAACAAUUUAUGGACAUCACGCUGACUCUUAAGAUGUCAGAAGAAAAUAGUUCCAAGGGUGUUCAGGAGUGGUGGGUCGUGAAUCAGACAGAUCCUGGACCGCUGAAUGCUAUAUUAGGCAAAACCCAAAACGAUUCUGGUAUGGAGAUUUAUGUCUUUAGUGAUCAAGUCAGUCCACCAAGUCUGGGUUUUCUAGCUGGAUACGGGAUCAUGGGUCUGUACAUGUCGGUGGUUCUGGUCAUUGGAAAGUUCGUGCGAGAGUUCUUCAGUGGAAUCUCGCAUACCAUCAUGUUCGAAGAGCUGCCAAACGUGGACCGCAUCCUCAAACUCUGCACCGACAUCUUCUUGGUCCGAGAGACGGGCGAACUGGACCUGGAGGAAGACCUGUACUCCAAGCUCAUCUUCCUCUACCGCUCUCCAGAAACCAUGAUCAAAUGGACCAGAGAGAAGAAUGAGUGAAGAUGAGGCUGGUCACCUUCGGAUUAACUCGGAAGUGCAACGAGAUCCAAGCUAACCACGAAAAGCACAAAGCAGGAAUUUCUCCUAAUUUCCUUGCGGGUUUGUGAGCUUACAGUUGGAUUGAACCGAAGAACCGUUGUUCUGAUCAAACAUUGGCCCUGACACUGUAGCACAUGACUGGACAACAGCGUUAUUUUUUUCAUCCAGUGGACGUGGUCUCUGGAUUGUAAUCUCUAAUGUUUUUUUUUAAAGGGCUUACUCUUGAUAAGUGAUGAACUUUGGGGCUUUCAGGCAUGCGUCACUUUGAAUACAACCUUUGACCUUUGGGAUUGCAUGCAAUAUGGGGGCAGUCCUGAUGACCUCAUGACCCUCUGAAUCAUAGCGGAGAGAUUAAAAUCUUGCCGCGAUCAAGACAAGAUAUACCGAACCUACUUCAGACUCGUUGGUUUGAUUUUUUUAUGGUUGGUUUUUCUGAAUUUGGAUGAAAAAACACAACAUCUGAGUUUUGCAGAAUGCAAAACCAAAGCCCAAGGGGGCGCUGUGAAUUACGUGACAGUCUAUAUGCCUUAUUUAAUUUGUACAAUCAACUGAAUGAUCAUUAUUCACCACCUUUCUCAGGAAUACUAACGGAUCAUUUCAUCACAUGGAGGCGUCAACUUUUUUCUCAUGUACGACAUAGUAUGAAAAGGAACGUACCCAAUAGUAUCAACUUUCUUCCUUUGAGACUUUAAAUGUAUCGUCCGUAAUUUAUGAAUACAGAUUUGGGACAAACAAAUGAGUUUUAGUGUUUUAUAAGACCUGAAGAAGUAUAUACAAAAUUUUCUUUAUUCAAGGGCCAUUGUUAUCACACUUCAAUUUACAGCAAUUUCAGCAAUUCUGGAUUACUAUUUUUGACACAAUGGGCCUCAUUCAUAAAACAUGUGCAGAAGGAUUUUCUGUGUAAAUUCCGUAAAACUACAAUUGCAUAAAUAAUCACAAUGCAACAAAUUGGGUCUUUUUUUAUGUCCAAUUUCCAUGACAUUUUUUUGUUCAUUAGGCCCCAUUCAUGAAAUGCAAGCAGAACGCAUUUGGUAUAUUGUUUGUAAAACCAUUUUCGUUUCAUUUAUUUAAAUUUUUUAUUUACACAGAAUUUUUAUCUGUUAUUAGGCCUCAUUCAUAAAACAAGCGGAAACAAAAUUCUGUAAAAAUUGUUUGUAAAACAUUUUUUCCGUAAAUCGUUACAAUGCAACAAUUUACGUGAUUUUUUUCUGUUAAUUUACACCGAAUUUUGAUCUGUUAUUAGGCCUCAUUCAUGAAACACAAGUAGAAACAAAAUUCUGUAAAAACUGUUCGUUAAAACAUUCUUACGUAAAUCGUUACAAUGCAACAAUGUACGUGAUUCGUUUUCUGUUAAUUUACACAAUUUUUGAUCUGUUAUUAGGCCUCAUUCAUGAACCAAAUGGAAACAAAAUUCUGUCAAAAUGUUCGUAAAAGUUUUUUUUCCGUAAAUCGUUACAAUGCAACAAGUUACAUGAUUUUUUUCCCCUGUUAAUUUACACAAUUUUUUUCUGUUAUUAGGCCUCAUUCAUGAAACAAACAGAAACUAAAUUCUUUAAAAAUUGUUCGUAAAAACAUUCUUACGUAAAUUGUUACAUUGAAACAAUUUACGGAAAAAAUGUUUUACAAAUAAUUUACAGAGAAAUAUGUUCUGGUUAUACAUAAAACACGAGCAGAUCGAAUUGUUGGUACAACCAUUCUCACGAAAAUUGUUACAAUUUGUUAAAAAACUAUUAACAAACAAUUUUGAUCUGGUCAUGUGGUCUCAUUCUUGAAACAUGAGCAGAAACAAAAUACAGUAUAAAUUCUUUGUAGGAACCAUUUUUUUGCAUAAAUGUUUAAAAUGUAACACUUUACUUAAAAUGUUUUACAGUUAUAACAGAAAUUUGUUCUGGUCAUUGGGAACCAUUUAUGAAACACAAGCCAAAAUAAUUUGUGUAAAUAAAAUUAAAAAAAAACAUUAUCGUGGCAUCAUUCUUUAAAACAUGAGCGGAAAAAAAAUCGGUGCAAAUUGUUCAUGAAAAUAGGUUUAGUGAAACAUUUUCACACAACUUUGUACUGUUUGUGUUUCCUGAAUGAUGCCCAAUGACCAUUUCGUUAAAACAUGUAACGUGGAAACAGAUAAUAAUAAUAAUUAUUAGUUAUUAACAGGUAGACUACAUCCUUGAAGGCAUGAGAGAUUCAUAGAUAGUUAGUGCUAUUACAUAUGCUUUGCAAAGCCUAGGAGUUGUGCUCGUCAGAAAGUUGUUUGUACAUGGGGAAUAACCUGACUUACAUUUGUACUACAUCAAUUUAUUUGAGCAAUAUGAUUGGCGGGGCUACAGUCAAGAAUACGAAAUACAUUUAUAUCGUAAACCUUUGGCAGCCAUACUCAGGAAAGAACGUUCUCUGGAUCAGGGUAUCAUGGAUAUAUUGUACCAGUGGAGUCUUCGUUAGGUUGUACACUCCAUUUGCCAUAGUUCAACAUUGGAAAAUGUACGAUAUGACAAUUAAUGUGAACUCCACUCUGAUGGAUCGUGGUUGUGUUGUGAUGCUUAUGGAGACAACUGAAUAGUGUUUUGAGUACAAAAAAACCUCCAUCUCCAAACUAUGCAUUAAAAACAAUGUAGCAUGAACGAAAAACUAAUGUUUGACAUGAUACGCUUUCAUUAUGUGUGCAUAACUUUUCCAGCAACAAGA